GGUCCUGCCGGGCGUGGGGCCCUGUGCCGUACAGCAUGGCGGCGCUGUGGCGGCGGCCGCGUCCCCCGGCAGUGUCGGGGCUGUGCCGUACGCUCCGAGCGCUCUCAGGAAAAAAUGAAUAUGAUCUUCUGGUCGUUGGUGGAGGGUCUGGAGGCCUUGCUUGUGCAAAAGAAGCUGCUCAGUUUGGAAGAAAAGUGGCUGUUGUGGAUUAUGUUGAACCUUCCCCACAAGGAACCACGUGGGGACUUGGUGGAACUUGUGUGAAUGUUGGCUGCAUUCCUAAAAAGCUUAUGCAUCAAGCAGCCCUUUUAGGGAGUGCCCUUAAAGAUGCCCAACGCUAUGGCUGGAAUAUAUCCCAACCUGUUCAUCAUACCUGGUCUGUGAUGGCACAAGGUGUUCAGAAUUACGUGAAAUCCUUGAACUGGGGACACAGAGUACAACUACAGGAAAAGAAGGUGAAAUAUUUCAACAUAAAAGGAAGUUUUUCUGAUCCCCAUACAGUCCGUGGUUUAACAAAAGCAGGUAAAGAGACUGUUGUUACUGCAGAUAAUAUUGUCAUUGCUACUGGAGGAAGACCAAAAUAUCCUAUGGAUGUUGCAGGUGCACUGGAGCAUGGAAUCACAAGUGAUGAUCUGUUCUGGUUAAAGGAAUCUCCUGGAAAAACGUUGGUUGUUGGAGCCAGCUAUGUUUCCCUUGAGUGUGCUGGUUUUCUUACAGGCAUCGGACUGGACACUACAGUCAUGAUGAGAAGUGUCCCACUUCGUGGGUUUGAUCAGCAAAUGGCUUCUUUGGUAACUGAGCACAUGGAAUCUUAUGGCACAAAAUUUUUGAAGAGAUGUUUCCCAACUAAAGUUGAAAAAUUGAAGAGCAACAGACUGCAAGUCACUUGGAAAAAUGCUGACCUGGACACAGAAGAAACUGAUUCUUUUGAUACCGUUAUGUGGGCAGUAGGUCGAGCCCCUGACACCAAAACUCUCAAUUUGGAGACAGUUGGAGUGAAAACUAAUUCUGAAACUGGAAAGAUUAUUGUUGAUGCCAGUGAAGCUACUUCUGUUCCUCACAUUUAUGCAGUUGGAGACAUAACAGAGGGCCGUCCUGAAUUAACACCCACAGCAAUAGCUGCGGGAAAACUGCUGGCUCAGCGUCUUUUCGGCCAGUCUUCGGAGCUGAUGGACUAUGACAACGUGCCCACCACAGUCUUCACUCCCCUGGAGUAUGGUUGUGUUGGCCUGUCAGAAGAAGCGGCUGUGCAACGUCACGGAUCGGAUAACAUUGAGGUGUACCAUGCAUAUUACAAACCUUUAGAGUUUACUGUGGCUGAAAGAGAUGCAACUCAAUGCUAUAUGAAAAUGGUGUGCUUACGAGAGAGGGAGCAACGAAUACUUGGCCUUCAUUUCAUUGGACCAAAUGCAGGCGAAGUUAUUCAAGGAUUUGCUCUUGGAAUCAAAUGUGGCGCCACGUAUCCUCAGAUGAUGAAGACAGUUGGCAUUCACCCCACCUGUGCUGAAGAGGUUACCAAGCUGCACAUUACAAAGCGUUCUGGCCUGGAUGCAACAGUCACAGGCUGCUGAGGUUAAAUGCCAUCCCUGGAAAGAAGGAAAAAAAGCACAAAACAUAUUUGUAAAGGAAAGGGGCACUUAAAGUUGAAAUAGCUUUAAUGGUUCAGGUUACAGGAAUCUUUCUUGUUCCCCUUGUAGAGAGCUUUUUCUCACAGACAGAAAUUUUUCCUUGCACCAUCACAGUUCUAAAACCAGUGUAGUCCUGCAACAAAUCUCUCUUUUAAAGUGCCUAAAGCUCUUGAGGUGCUGUGAGCUAGGGAAUAAUCACAGUAUUUUAUAUGCAAAUAUAACUAAAGCCUGUGACAUCUGAGCCAUGUACAGGUGAAGCAGUUGUCAUUUGGGUUUCCCUGCUGGCAUGACUGAGUGCCAGCAGAAGAUGCUGGAAAUCACACAGGGCAUCCCUUAGAAGUUUGGUGGGAUGCUUUGUCCUGUAUGCCUGGAUUGCUCAUUACUGAUCCCAAUACUGAACUCUGAGACUCUGCAUUCUCUAGUGGAAACAAGUUGCUGGAGUGGGACAAAGCAGUCAUCUUUGGGUUUUUUCCUUUAAAAUGUCAUAUGUAAAGGGAUUUAAUAGCAAACCACCUGAAGCUGUACUGCUGCUGGAAUAAUCACAAUGGAUUAAUCAGCAGCAGCCUGGUCACAGUGUUAUGGUGAGGACUGAGAAGGAAUGAUCUCAGAGGUGCUAAAGGAAGAGCUGGAUUUUAUGGUGGCGCCUCUGCCUGCUCCUGAGAUUUUUAAUUCAGGUCAGUCCAAACUAAAUUGACCCAUCUCACAAAUUACUGCUUCAACAGUGUAUAUUAAGCUGACAAGUAGAGUAAAACCCUCUAAUAAUCCACCUUCUGUUUUAUAGAAUGCAGAAAUAGGGCUGACACUGAAAUAUUUUCUUGGUUUGUUUUUAAGACUUUCUUACUGAUGAGCUGGAGACUGUAUCUGAACUUUUGUCUGGCUUUAAUAAAACACUGUUACUGAAGGGAACUACAUUAAGCACUGGUGCAGAAGAGAAAUGGUCCUGCCCUGAGCAAAGAUAUAAAAUAAUCAUCUGCAACUUUUUCCUUUUUUUUUUUUCGUGUACUGGCCCGAGUAAGAAAGCAUUAUCCUGUUGCAAAUUCCUGCUGAUUUUCGUGUUCUCCAGAAGGGGGAGGUGCUGGCUCAUCUGUGGAAGGAGAGAACACAUCGGAGAGUGAAGCUUCUUGUGCAGAGCCCUGUUAAGGAGGUAGCCUGACAAAGGCAAACACAAACCCAUCUGCACUGAAUUUCAAUCCCAGUCGCAGUUGCAAUAUUUUAUGAGCACAGUCACAGAUUCUUGCACCCUUUACAGCAAAAUAAUGCACAUUGGAAGAGACCAGCUUCAGGUGAAACAAAAUAUAUCCUUUUUGCAGUUAAUUGAUACCAGUGUUUUAUGUGUGCAAUUUGUUAUUUUCAUUCCAAACUUGUUGUAAUUUUGAAGAAUAGUCUGAUGAUUAUGUAUAUAUCUGCUGUUUUAAUUUGGUAUUUCACUGCAGCAGCAACACAGACAAAUGGCUGUGUUUCAAGUGGGAAUUUCAUUUUUACCACGAGAAUUGUACCAGUCUGAGAAACUAUUAGACAAAAGGGAUCAAAACUUUCCUAUAAAAUAGGACUUAACAGCAUUUAUCACACUCUCAUUGAUAUGAGAAUAUUAAAUUUCUUUUUUUUUUUUUUUUUUUAACUUAAACAACAACAAAAGAAAUCCUAAAUGUUUUCUCUGCAAAUUUUCCUGAUUUUUUUUUUUGUGGUCCAUGUUUUUGGUCCAUAAACUAGGAAGAAGGGAUGCUGUUGGACUCCAAGUGGCCUUCCCUAUCAGAGCUGCUGAUGCCAUUUCUCAUGUGUGAAGUCAUCUAUAAGUUUGUAGUUGACAAGAAAUAUUUGGAUUGGAAGUGUUGUUGAAACAAUGCCUGAUUUUUGAAGCUGCCUUUAGAAGAGAGGAUGAAAACAUUCAGAAGUUUCUGUUGCCUUUAAUAAAGGUCCUUAUAAGUAUGAUGCAGCCAAAAUCCUUGCUAGAUUUUCCUCAGCUGUUUACAAAAAAGGAGUUCAGAGUAAAUUAGGAUUUCUUAAAAUGUUUUACUUUAUAUUUCAAAAUAUGAAGAUACAGCCUAAUAGAGAUUUUGCUGUGAGAAAAAGCUCAUCUCUGACAAAACUCUGAGGUUUACGCAUGCAAAAUUUUCUUUCCAGUGAUUGUCUGUUAUAGUUCCUUUUGUUUCCCAAAAAUGAAAUCUUUGGUGUUUAACCAUGUAAAAUCUGCCUCUCUUCUCUGCCCUACUGCUGCAUCCUACAGACAAAUCAAUGGAAAGAUGAGUUAAUUUCAGUCAUCAUAAAGUUCAAGUUAAUUAUUUGGGACAGCAAAUAGAGAUAUCUCAAGGAAAUGUGUCCUCAGUGUAUAUAGAGUGUGAAACUAAGGCAUGUCAUGGUUUUCAGGCAAAACAGAACUGUCUUGGUUUUAGAAUUGCUGAGUGGCCUGCAUGAAAUUGUUCCUGUCUCUUCAACAGCAGCCUGGUUCUGUUCCUCAUUUAGUGGAAAAUGCAGUUGCCCCCUGAAGUGAAACUAAACUUACAAUCCCACCUACAUAAUAAUGUCAGAAUCAACAGCAAGACAGAAAAAUGACAAAUAUUGUGAUUGUGCUUUUUUUCCUGAAGAAUUCACCAGGGAUGGUGCUUAAGAAUUGUUUUUAAAAGCCUGACUAAUGUAAAUUUAAACAAUGGAUGUACAUUGCAACUUAUUGACUGCAUGUGAAAAUGUACAAAAAAAUGUAGUCAGGCUUCUUAGGAUGCCAGCUGAUGAGGAUUUGUUUGUCAAACCACACUGUGGUGCAAACAAGUCUGAGCUUUGCUGGGUCCCUCUUAUAUGUGAUCCCAAUAUUUAUUGUGUUGUGAUUUAAUUAAUGAAUAAAGAAUAUUUUUUCUAGU